AUGUCAGCAAAAUUUAUUUACUCAGUGCAACAAUGCAUACUGACAGUUUUAAGUGCCUUAAUAGAAUAUGUAAAAACGACUUACAAGAUACUAAAAAAAACUUUAGUGUGCAGAAAAUUGAGGCCUUACUUUCAUGUAACUCCAGUAACUAAAUUUGGUAAACUUUUUAUCAAUAAUGCAUAGUAGUAAAAAUCUUUUACAUAAUGUUAUUAUUAUUGAUACUGUUACAUUAUAGUAUUAUUUCUUAAUAAUUAAUUAUAUGUGAAAAAUUGGGGAUGAAAUCUAUUGAUUUGUGUCACCAUUCUUUGCAUGAAAUUCUUCAGUAAAAAGUAAAGCAGAAAUUCUGAGUUUUUGUCAAUUGCUGCGUUUUAUGACACUAGACACUUCACCCUCACCUCGUAAUGCCAACCCAUACCUUGCUACCCAUCCCUAUCAGCCCCCCACCCCCACCCUCACCCCCUAGGUAUGUACAGCGCUCUUCUCGGUCUUCUUGGAUCGUCCAGAAAUGUCGCAAAAGACGCAAAAGAUAGGACUUCCGGUAAAUUUAAACGCUCAAACUCGUUCCCAGGGCCUCUCCUACCGGUCAAAAGAGGACCUGGGAACGAAGUUGACCCAGUCCUCCAUCGUCCACCAUUAGACAAAAUUCCAAAAUUCUGUCAAAUUUACUACGCGCGAUAUUUGAAAUAUAGCUGGGCAGGAAUUUUGUCAUUUGACGAGCUGACGACGUUAAUUUCCUCAAACAGAUACCUUGUAUUUGAGGUAAGUCUUAUUUAAUCGAGCCAGUUUCAAAGGUUUGGUUUAUUAAGUAAGUACAGCUCGAUCUUGUUCUCCGAUCAAUCUUCAGAGGGAGUGAAAUGGCAGCUUUUAUUUGAAUUUCUUUAGACGUGAUUAUCAUUAAAUUCCAUUUCUAAGGAAUCAAAACUAAUGGAAGUAUUUAGUACUUUAAACAGCAAACCGGUGCAGCUGUUAGUUUACGUAAUAAAUUAACGGUUAAUCAUCGAACCUUUUAUCUCGGUUCUACAUACCUUCUGCUCCUGCUCUUUCACCUUGUCGGAAUGAUAGUUAGGUUAGGGAUAGGCUUGUCUUCUUUAUCAGUCGCUUGGUCCACUCUGACUCGACAAGGAAUAACGAUGGAGCCAAAUUUUAAAGCCUCUUUUUCUGCAAACAACCAAAGUUCUUGUGUUUCGAAUUUCCUAUAAAAGCGCGCGAAAUGGGCCUUUGGCGCGAAGGGACUUGGCCAGUCUUGCGAACUCCCGGCGGGGGGGGGGGGAAGGCACUCAAGGGAAGUUUGGGUAGAGGUGUGCCGCCGAGGCCCGCAAACCCCUACCCUGUUUGAGACAAAAACUUCAUUUCGCUACCCUGUUUAAGACAGGAGACACUACUUUCUGACCCUGAUUUGCUUGGCAAGUCUUCACACUAUUUGAAAAGCUUCCAGUCAAAAAAGACACCCCAUUCAAGACGCUUAAAAGUGAAAUUGUACACCCUGUUUAGCGGCACUUACCCACAUAACCCAAAUAAGGGAGUGCCCCCUAACCCCCCCUAACCCCCCCUCCCCCAGUGCGAACCCAAGACUGAAGACUGAACAGCAACAUCAACAAGGUCUGUAGAUCUUUUCCAGCUUUUUGGUAUGUAAAAAAAUAAAAUACAAAAGUGGUCUUGAAAAGGAAACCUUAAUCAAAACGAAUACAACUUGAUAUUUUUCUUUUUCGUGGUGUUAUAGUGCAUAAAAAUCAUGGCAGCCAGGCAUUCUAAACGCCCCAAGCGAAAGACAAAACCUAAUCCAUACAACAACAUCUCUAGUGAAUUUGAAAAGAAGGAGUAUUUUGAUACUGAGGAGGUACUGGCAGAGAAGACUGAUCAGUUGGUUCAGUGGAUCCGGGAGAGUCACCACUGCAUUGUUUUCACUGGUGCUGGGAUUAGCACGAGCACAGGCAUCCCAGACUUUAGGAGUGGAGUGCACACUGUCUUGCCCACUGGACCUGGAGUCUGGGUGUGCAAAGCACGAGGAAUAAAACCACCACCACAACAGAAAAAUACGAAAUGCAUUCUUGGAGCUUUGCCCACAUCUUCCCACAUGGCAUUGCUUCAACUUCAACAGGAAGGUCUAAUAAAGUUUAUCGUGUCCCAAAAUACCGAUGGCUUGCACCGGAGGUCUGGAGUUGAUCCUAAACUGCUUGCUGAACUUCGCGGUAAUACUAACAUGGAAAAGUGUCUGAAAUGUGGAGUGAAGUACAUGAGGGAUUCCUGGACUCGCACCGCACGUGCAGUACAUGAUCACCUGACUGGGCGGCGCUGUGAUAACCCCAAGUGUGGAGGACUCCUGGUGGAUUCCAUCAUCAACUUUAAUGAAGACCUACCCGAGGACGAGCUUCAAAAAGGGUUUGAGAAUGCAGAGUUGGCAGACCUGUGCAUAGUGUUGGGCUCCAGCCUCAGAGUGUAUCCUGCUGCUGACAUUCCUGAUGGUAUCAUCAGAAGAGGGGGAAGAGUUGCAAUAGUAAAUCUUCAGAAAACUCCCCUCAACAAAUGUUGUGCAAUGGAGAUACAUGCCAGGAUUGACACAUUAAUGGAAGGUAUCAUGAAGCGAUUUGGCUUGGAAAUUCCACAGUUCCAACUAAAACGCUGCCUUGCCAUUGAAGUUACAUCUGAGUCGCUCACAAUUCAAGGACUUGAUCCUGUAACUAAAACUCCUUACUCUUUCAUGAAAAGUGUAAAGGUCGAUCCACCAUCCUUCAGAUCCGAACAUGACCUCACCCAAGAGCCCUUUUAUGUCACGUUCCCAAGUCGUGUGAGCCCAUCAGAAGGAAAUGCUUUAACAGUGGAUCUCACUCUCGCCUUCCAAGGUCAUUAUGGUGAACCAGAGAUAACAAUCAAGCAUGUGGUUAGUAAGCUUGGAAGUACAAUCUUCAUGCUCAAGUUUGAUGUUGCAACAGGGGAAUGGAAAAUUGAGAAACAAUGAAAGCAGAAAGGCGGUCAAGUACUUACAGAAAGCUAGCAAAAUCUCCCAGCAUGGCACACUAAUAGUUUAAUUGGUUAGUAACACAUGAAAAACCAUAAUAAUAACUGCUGCCUGGUUGUCAUUUUUACAGCAUUUAUUAUGUGGCAUCAGGAUGUAUUUUGAACAUUUUGCAUUAUAAAAAUGAGGAGGGCAGACUUGUAACUGGACCUUCAGUUUGAUGAGGCAACAAUAUGAUGGGAAAUUGAAAGACAGUGAAAACAGAAAGCUGGUCAAGUAUUUACAAAAAAAGCCAGCAAAGUUUGCUAGUGGGCAUGUCUAACGUUUUGGUUAAAAACACAUAAAAACCCAUAUUAUUAACAAUAUCGCUGCUUGUCAGUAAUUUUAAGCCAUUGUUUUGUAGCAUCAGGGCAUCAUGAUUUUGUAGAUUUUGCCUUGUUUAACAAGAGAUUGUACCCAAACUUAAGUCUUUAACAUGAAGCAUUUGUAAUGACAACAAAGUAUUGCUAACAACAACCACGCAGCAUUUAUUAUUAUGGUUUUUUAUGUGUUAGUAACCAAAAUGUUAGAUAUGUCAUGCUAACAGAUUUUGCUACAUACUGGUAAAAAAAAUCUCCACUGUUUAAAAAUAUUUCCAAUGGUAACAGGGGCAGACUCAGGAUUUUUCUUAGAAGGGGGUGCACUGGUAAGGAAUAGUGUAAUUGACUGGUGACAGAAACAAAUAAUUAUUACUAAAUAUUAUAAAAGUAAAUAUGAAGAGGAAGCUUUUGACCAGGCAAUAAUAUAAUGUGAAUUGCUGAGAAUACAUAUCAAACAAUAGAGUAGAAUUUUUUGCAGAAUAUAUUAGCUGUAUUAGAAAGUGGCAGGUCAUCUCUGGAGGGGGUGGAACCCCCUGCACCCUCACCCUAGAUCUGUCCCUGGGUAGUCCUCUUCCAGCUAGCUAAUCAGAGCUUGUAAAUCAAAUUUGUGCUUAUACACAUCAGAUAUAUAAGAAAGAAUGUGUUGUAUAAUUAAACCAAAGGGCAAUGAAAGCAAACUCCACAAGUUUCUCUUAACAUCAUCAGCAGAUGACCAAGAGUAAAGAAAUAUUAUACUAAAGAAAUACUAAAUUGGUUUUCAAAGGGAGAAUUAAUCUUAAACAAAUUCUCUCAACUAUUCUUAAAAGAAAUAUAUGGAGAUCAGUGUGGAGAAAUUGUAAGUGGAUCAUGGUGCUUAAAGGGUUAAUAUGGACACCUUUCUUCCACAGACCCUCUUUUAUGUUUCAGCAAUUCCAUGUAGAAAUAAUAUUGUAUUACGUGUUUUAAACAGUAUUAGAAUUUUUAGCUGGCAAACCCUAUUCAAAAUCACUUUUAUUUGUAUUAAAAAUCACAGAAAUAAGUCUUUUUCUUGGAUUAAUAAAAAUUUUAAAGGAAAGAUUUGAUCAGUCCUAUUCAAUGUUCAAUGCUCUCAGUGAGACAGCCAGGAUGAGGAAAAAAAUUAAGUAACCAUAAGAAAAAUAUAAAGAACUGUAAAGAAACAGACACAAUACCCUCUGUUUGUCUGUCUCUCUUAUUUUUCCAAAAGGUUUGAAUCUUGCAUGCAUGUUUUAAUUUGGACCAGAAUUAUUAAUAAAUAAUUUAUUAAUAAUUCUGGUCCAAAUUACUUUGGUUGACAAUAAAACAUGUCAAAUCACAAAUGGCAUUUUAUGCAGUUAUAUGGAAAAUACCUGUAACUAUUAACAACAACAACAACCUUUAUUUGCAGGACCAUACAAGCACAUAUACAGUAUUGCAAAAUUAUAUGAAUUGUAAAUUAAUAUAUAGUAAUGUGUUCAUCAGUUCAUUGAUCAAAACAUUCACAGGUAACUGGGUAAAAUAAUUUAGAAUAAUAAUCUUAACUUUAUUGUAAAGAUUAUUCCUAAUCAAAGAGUUAAUUAUUUAUAACAAUAAUUAUGUAAAAGAAAGUGAACUUCGUCUUCUAUUUGAUUGAGUGGAUCCACAAAAAGGGCAAUUCCGUAUUAUCUCUGAUAGUUAAAUGAUUGUAUGCAAGUACUAUCAUUAGUUUUUGGUUACUUGUUCAUAAUUUUACUAAUUUCUUUAUCUCAGCUGUUCCACUUGUUAAGUCUAGGUAAUUAGAAGUGGUAUGAUCGUUUUCAAAUCGCUUAUUAAGUAAGCAAAACAAAUUACAUAUUCAGCACUAAUGACUGUUGUGCACAGUGUUGCAAAAACUGAAAGAUGUAAAGUGACUAAUUUAACAGCUUUAUCUAUAGACGUAUCCCAUUUUAUGAUACAGCUUCUCUUUAGUUCACUUGGUAUAAAAAUUUGUCAUACCAUAAAAUAAUAAUAAAUGUGUUAACUUCUACAUCCUUUGGAAAUGAGUCUACUCUUUUAUCCUUUUCAUUAAAACGAUGGGUUCUCACAGCAAAUGGUGUUAUUUCCAUUACAUCAAAGUAAAUACCAAUAUUACCAUCAUUACCAGGACUGGUUCUUUUAAGAGCCUUUUCAAAGGCCUCCCAAGAGCCCUCAGCUGAUGAGUCCCUUAUGGACUCCAGAUCUUACAAAAAUUCAUUUGAGCAUUAAGGACAACAACAACUUACUGUAGAGUGAGUUUCAUUGACUUUUAUUUAGUAUUUCCUACAAAUUUUAGGAUUGUUUUUUUACCCCAUACAAACACCGCAAUUUUACUGGAACAUCCUGUGACACUAUCACAGAGCCUGGGUUACCUGUGGUGAAAAUAAAUGAAUAAAAUAUAAGCAAAUUCAGCUCCCUAUUCCCUAACCCCCAAUCCCCCACCUGGGUAUGGGCACUGCAAGAUAAAAUGACCAGGAUGCAAAAGAUAGGACUUCAAGUAACCAGGACCCUCAAACAAGGGGGAAAGGGUGGCGGCUCCACCACCCUUUCCCCUCCCCAGACUACCUAUUGGCUCUCUUCGCUAUCCCAAUUUUUUUUGCCAAAGCCGAUUUUUUCUUAGCCCUGGAGACAAGGUUUCCUUUUACCCCCAUUGAGGAGCCUGGUCCCAGGCUUAACUCCAGGCCAGUUUGCCAACAGAAAAGAUGAUGACCAUGGACCCUUACCAGCCCCAGUCCCCCGUUGUCCGACUGGAAUAUUUAUUCCGUGGACAGCAAUUUUGAUAAGGUGACAAUUUUCAGUUUCUCAAACGGAUAAACUUCUAUUCAUUUCUGCAAAAAGGUAGGCUUAAGCCUAAUAUAAUUGUAGCUAAUUUACAAAGGUUUGGAGUUCGAUAAAAACAUCUCACUCAAAAAUAAUUUUUUUCACUCUUUGCGAUCGAUAGACCAAGAUUUCUGAGUUUCAAAAUCUUUUAUUAAUGUUUUUGUUGGCGUUAGUCUCCAUGGUUAUGGCUACGGUUUGAUUUAACCAAGGAAUACCCUUUUUCCUUUGAGAAAGUUUUGGUUUUCUCAAGAUCGAUCUUGGAGAAAAUGCAUGUGUAUUCCACAGUUAAAACCAGUACAAUUUUCACGUUAGUUUAUCAAGCUAUCAAGCCUUUUAACUCGGAUGUACAUAAGCUUACAUCGAUCAAUUCUCCGACUCUUUUACCCUCUCAGCAAUGCAAUCCAAGAAAUGCCAGCUAUCCUGGCUUGGGACAGGCAACUGCUUAGUCCAAUCGACAACGAUAGAGCCGAUUUUUAAAGGCUUUGGAAUUCCCUUUUCCGCCUUUUAAACUUUCUUACGUGAUGAUGUCUGCAACCCAACAAAGUUGUCGUGUUUCAAAUUCCCUAAGCGCGCGAAAUGGGCCUUUUGGCGCGAAGGGGUUUGGGCUCUGGGGACUGAAUGAAAAAACAACAACAACAACAGCAGCAGCAAAAAGAAGCGGGAAGUGGUGUGCAAGGAAAAAAUUGAAUCAAAACUUAUCAUAAUAUUUUUCUUUCAUGUGUUUUGGUAGUGCAUAUCAUGGCUGCAAAGUUCCCAACUGGUUCAACCAAAGCUGAAUCCCUUUUCAUGCAGGCCGAAAAGGACCUAAGAGAACUGGAGGAUGAUUAUAAGACAGCAACAACAGGAAAGAAAGAUUCUAAGCCGGCAGGUAAAUCUAAGGGCAAAGCAGCAGCAAGCUCUAAACCUGCCUCCAAUCCACCAAGGAAUUCUACACGCCCCAAGCCCAAACCAAAACCUAACAAUAACAUCUCCAGUGAAUUUGAAAAGAAGGAGUAUUUUGAUACAGAGGAGGUACUGGCAGAGAAGACUGAUGAGUUGGUUCAGUGGAUCCGAGAGAGUCGCUACUGUAUUGCUUUUACCGGUGCUGGAAUCAGCACGAGUACUGGUAUCCCAGAUUUCCGUAGUGGUAUCAAUACUGUGCUACCAACUGGACCUGGAGUCUGGGAACGCAAAGCCAAGGGGGUUCAACUGCCAUCACAACCAAAAAAGACGAAGUCUAUUCUUGGAGCUGUGCCCUCCCCCUCGCACAUGGCCCUCCUUCGACUGCAACAGGAGGGUCUAAUAAAAUUUGUUGUGUCCCAAAAUACCGAUGGCUUGCACCGGAGGUCUGGAGUUGAUCCAAAACUGCUGGCUGAGCUUCAUGGUAAUACUAACAUGGAAAAGUGUCUGAAAUGUGGAGUGAAGUACAUGAGGGAUUUCAGGACUCGCACUUCUCGUGCAGUGCAUGAUCACCUGACUGGGCGGCGCUGUGAUAACCCCAAGUGUGGAGGACCCCUGGUGGACUCCAUCAUCAACUUCAAUGAAGACCUACCUGAAGACGAGCUUCAAAAAGGGUUUGAGAAUGCAGAGUUGGCAGACCUGUGCAUAGUGUUGGGCUCCAGCCUCAGAGUGUAUCCUGCUGCUGACAUUCCUGAUGGUAUGAUCAGAAGAGGAGCAAGAGUGGUCAUCGUUAACCUCCAGAAGACUCCCCUCAACAAAUGUUGUGCAAUGGAGAUACAUGCCAGGAUUGACACAUUAAUGGAAGGUAUCAUGAAGCGAUUUGGCUUGGAAAUUCCACAGUUCCAACUAAAACGCUGCCUUGCCAUGGAAGUUACAUCUGAGUCACUCACAAUUCAAGGACUUGAUCCUGUAACCAAAACUCCUUACUCUUUCAUGAAAAGUGUAAAGGUAGAUCUACCAUCCCUCAGAUCCGAACAUGACCUCACCAAAGAGCCCUUUUAUGUCAAGUUCCCAAGUCGCGUGAGCCCAUCAGAAGGAAAUGUUUUAACAGUGGAUGUCACUCUCGCCUUCCAAGGUCAUUACGGUGAACCAGAGAUAACAAUCAAGCAUGUGGUUAGCAAGCUUGGAAGUACAAUCUUCAUGCUGAAGUUUGAUGUUGCAACAGGAGAAUGGAAAAUUGAGAAUAAAUGA